AUGUGUGAUCUAUCAGACCCAAGAAUUACUCAAGCUUAUCAAGCCAUUAUUGAGGGUGAAGAAACUGAUUGGUUGAUAUUAGGUUAUAAUGAUACUCGAGAAGUCAUAUCUCUUUAUUCGAAAGGUACCAAUGGUUUAAAUGAAUUCCGAAGUCAACUUCAAGAAGAAAUUUUAUUUGGUUUUGUACGUGUGGAAGAUCGAUUUAUACUUAUUUCUUAUGUCCCAGAUCAAGUCAGUGGCGUACGAAGAGCAAGAACAUUGGUACAUAGUCGAUCCGUUGCUAGUUUAUUCCAAGUCCAUCAUGCACAACUAACAGCAUCAUCAUUAAAUGAUCUUAGUGAUGCCAAUAUCCGUACGCGUUUGAAACUAGGUGAAAAUCAAGUACCUAAUCGAUCUCGACCUCCUUCUUUAUCGGAACGCAAACGAUCAUCUCUUCAAGCACGUCGAAAAUCUCAACAACAACUUCAACCAGCUGAUCGUCCCUCAUUGCCAUCUUCUCCCACAACUAGCUCCUAUACUGCUGAACCUGAUACGUUUGAAGAAGCUCAAGAAGAAUUCAACACUCCGGAUCUGGAUACCAACCCCACUUCUUCUUCUGAUGUCACUCCUACAACUGGUAGUCAUGUGGAAUCAGAUAGUAUUCAUUAUGAUGAUCACCUCGAUGAUCAACAACAACGACAAUUUGGAUCAGAUGAUGUAUCUCAAAAACAAAUUGUGGAAGAUGAUCAUUUGAAACAACAACAAGAGGAGGAACAACGCCGUGCUGAAGCUGAAAAGAAACAACGACUUGCUGAACAACAACAACUUGCUGAACAACAACGUCUUGCAGAACAACAGCGUCUUGCAGAACAACAACGCAUUGUAGAACAACAACGUGCUGCCGAAGAGGAGAAAAAACGACGUGAAAAGGAACUAGCAGAACAACGUGAAUUGGAAGAGCAACAACGACAAGAAGCAGAAAGGCAAAGACAAGAAAAACAACGUCUCUUACAAAAACAGUUGCAACAAGCUGAAAAGUCAAAGGAUGUAAUCAUUCAAGGUUUUUCAAAUAUCCAACCAAGUGGCAGUCCGUUUUGGCGUCGUCGCUUUUUUGCUAUUCGUGGCAAGACCAUGGCUAUUUAUCGUGAUGAAACAGCAUUACAACCAAUUAUUAUCAUUGAUUUGAAUGCAAUCAACAAACUUCGCUGGGCGGAUAUGGAAAUAGAUACCUUUGUACCAAAUGCGUUUAUGAUCGAACUAAAGGAUAACACUACUUAUCAGAUCUUCGCUGAUCACCAACAAGAUGCUAACACUAUCUUCACUGCUCUUCAAACCGUACUUCGAUCCAAAUGA